UUUCUCAUUAGAUACUUGCAGGCACCAGCCAAAGGGACCUUUGCCAUUCACACCCUCUUCAACCUGUAUACAAGACUCUACCGGCAGUAUGGUCCAGUUCUCCGAGGAAACCAAGGAGCGUAUCUCCAAGGUCAUCGACGUCUCCAGAGUUGCCAUUCACUAUGGAUACCUGCCCUUGAUUGUCUACCUGGGAUACACCUACAGUGAACCCAAGCCAUCUUUGUUCAAGCUGUUUUCGCCGCUCGCAUAAAUGAAUGAGCUGCUUCGGGAUAAAUUGGCGAUGAACGCCCACCUCUCAGGCAUGGCCAAUGCUUGAUGUCGCGGUCCGCGGUCCAGUCAGGCCGCAAAGUCUGCCUGCCAACAUGAUAGCAGGACCCGGAACCCUUCCUCUCCCCCGGUUGUCGAUGUCGACAGAUAGAAGUCCACUUCUAUGAAUAUGUACUUUUAGACUACGAAUGGUCUUCGUCAUGUUUUGUAUUGUUUAACGCGAAUGGUUCUAAUUUCAUUUUUGGUUCCAGGCAGGGCCGGGGAAAACCGAUGAAUUGGGAGGGUGUCCGACUUGCAUUAUCGUCAACAGCGUAGGCUCGAUCAUAGCACUUUGAACCAGAC